GCGCUGCAAUCACGCGGUUUCGGAGUAACCGGAUACCUUGUGCUGGAAUUCACGGAAUCAAUGGGAGUGGAAAAGAUCUCCGAGAUCAUCGAGUCCUGCCUGUGACCCGACAGCACUGUGUCAACAACUUAGUGCUACGUCCAGCCUUUUCUUAAACAUCUCCAGGGACGGUGACUCCCCCCUCCCUCGGCAGCCCAUUACAAUGUCACCCUUUCUUUUCUUUCACCUUUCUGUCACCUAUUCAUUCUGUGAAGAAAUUACUCGUAAUGUCCGGCGCUAACGUGUCCUGGCACGGCUUAAGGCUGUGUCCUCUUGUCCUACUGCCAGUUGCCUCAGAGAAAAAUCUGACCCCAGCCCGGCCACCCUUUCCUUUCAGGGAGCUGAAGAGUGCAAUGAAGUCUCCGCUGAGGCUCCUCAUUUCCAGGGCAGAAAUUUUUCAGGAGUUUUCCGUUCAGGAGGAGUCUGUGAUGUUCCGGAUCAGUUUGUCUGUUCUUCUGGACUGCCUCACCAUUUUUGGAAGCAGCUCCUUGCCAGGAACAUCGACGGCCCUUAGAUUGUGUUACCGUGGCUAUGGGGAUCCCCUGAUGCUGUUCUUGGAAGAAGGAGGAGUAGUAACAGUAUGCAAAAUCAACACUCAAGAACCUGAGGAGUUGUUAGAUUUUGAUUUCUGCAGUACAAAUGUUGUUAAUAAAAUUAUCCUGCAGUCGGAGGGACUGCGAGAAGCAUUUGCUGAACUGGAUAUGACCAGUGAAGUUCUGCAGAUUACCAUGUCUCCUGAUAAACCCUACUUCAGGUUAUCCACUUUUGGAAAUGCUGGAAGUGCACAUCUAGACUACCCUAGGGACUCUGAUUUGAUGGAAGCAUUCCACUGUAACCAGACCCAGACAAACAGAUACAAGAUUUCUUUGCUUAAACCAUCCACAAAGGCACUGGCUUUGUCUUGUAAAGUGUCCAUUCGAACAGAUGCUCAAGGAUUUCUUUCACUGCAGUAUAUGAUUAGGAAUGAAGAUGGACAGAUCUGUUUUGUGGAGUACUAUUGUUGUCCUGAUGAGAACAUCACUGAAGCAGAACUGUAGGUGUGUAGGUGUGCUGGCAUCUGUAAUAUAUUUUUGGUUAUAUAAAAUAUUAUAUUUUUUUACAAAACUAAAUGAAAGCUGUAAAGUUUGAUGGAGUUAAUAUUGUCUUUAUUUUUUAACUCUGGACUAAGAAGGGUGAAGAUUUUAAUUUUCUUCUACUGCAAACAUUUCUUAACCUUGAUUCAAACUGAAACUGAAAAAGCAGAAAGGGGAGUUGAUGUCCUAUAGACCCUGCUUCCAACACAGAUUUUAAAGUACUGUUUGUGUAAUACAUUGAUACUUUUUGCAGUGUUCUCCAAGAAUUUUUGUUUGUGUUAUGUUUUUUUGUCUUUGGCUUCUAGUAAGCAAUUACACAGGGGAAAAUCUGAAUACUAGUUGUAUAUUAGCCAGAUGACUUUCAGUGACUUAAAACCACAUUUGUCUUGAAAGAGAACAACAUUUUCAAACUCUUAAUAGUAGCAGGUGGUUUCUUGCUGGCAAAUGCUGCUAUGUUUUGUCAGUGAAGGCACUAGGCUUCUCCUCAUCUUGAUUAAUUCUUAAUAUAACUCAAUUCCUUGGAAUUUCAUCUGACAGCAAUUUACCAUUUUGUCUGCAAACUGAUGUUGAAUUGGUAAAUUGAUGUAGAAGCCAGGAUUUACUUACUCAUUACUCUUAACUGUUCUGGCAACAUCAUUGCUUUGGGUCAGGAGUUUGUUACACAUCUGCAAGAAUGCUGCAGCUGAUCUGUUUCUGUGUAUUCACGUCCCUGUUCCUACUCAGUUGCUCUCUGCUAGUGGUGUUAAGAAUCCUAAGAGAGAAAAGUUCCCUAUUGAAAAUUUUUUAUGAAAUUGGUUUGCCUUCUCAGUGGCGUUUUUCAGCAACGGGAAUCGCUGCUAAACUGCAGCAGGGGAAUAUCUGCCUGUGUCCAUGGAGUGGUAUUCAAAUCACUGCUAAAAAGGGGCUGAUCUCAUGCUCACUGAAAAGAGAGUGUGGUUCCUGGGCAGUUUUCUGCAGUGUCCCACCUCCAGAGCAGCAGAUGGGUUUUUUUAGGUCAAAAGUCCACUUGUCCUUGCACACCAACCAACCUGCUCAGAAUGGGAAGUACCUGGGAGCAGCCAGGCACUGGACUGGAUGCAGAGACUGAGCCCUGCCUGCCUCUCUGCUGUGGGAUGUGACCAAAAAGUCAGCAUCUGCAGGUGGUUUCUGCAGCUUUAGACUCUGGUCAAGUUUUGUUGUCUGUCAGAUGAGGUCUUGCUUUGUUUUCUAUGGAAAACAGUGUGUUCAUAUGUUACCAAAUUGAUUGCUCCACAGUUCAACAGAAUCCUUUGGGUUCAAGUUUAAAAUGUUUUUGUGAAUGAUUUUUCACCUCUUGCUUAUGCCAGAAAGAGUAUACUUUUGGAGUACACAGUGUUAUCUGUUCAUUUUGGUUGUUUUUUGUGCAAAUCAUCCAUUUAUUGCAAUAAAGUUUACAAUAAAGUUGUUUGAAAUUUAUAAACAAUUACAAAUUUUUGAACUACAAGGCUGACAUAGAUACCUAAUAUUCUACAUUACUCUUAUUCACUGGGGUUUUUUUCCAAACUGAAGUAUACCCAAGACAAGUAUAAAUGAACUUCCUUCUGGCUUACUGUGUCAAUUUCUUCAAUGAAAAAAAGGGUUAUGGUCUCAUUGGGAAUUAGUAAUAUUAUCCCUGACUACUGAGUAUCAAGGAUGAUUUACCUAAUCCCUGGGUGACAGGAUAAAAAUGAAGUAGAACACACCACUUUCUUGGUGUGAUUUAUUUUAGAAUAUCCAGGUUUCUUGUAUUGUGUUCAGGAAUUGUGGCUUAACAUUUGAAUAUUUAUAUAAUUGCCUACAGAUGUAUUGUGUUCUUGAAAUAGUACUUUUAAUGAUUUCUUCUAUGGCCUACCAACAGUAAUUAUGGAAGUAAU